GGCGGGGCCGAGCUCAGAGCCGUGAGAGCGACGGGUGUUGAGGAGCGGGCUGUCCCGCUGAUCCCCUUCAACCCCGGGGAAACAAAGCCUUAAAUCGCACUUUCUGACUGAAACUAGCCCGCUCCGAGGGUUUUUUUUCCUCUUCAGGGGGAAAAAUACUUCACGGCUCUCGCCCUGCGCACUUUCUCCAGAGCGUCUCCCCACCUCUCGCCUCAGCCAUGGUGAUGUUCAAGAAGGUGAAGACCUUUAUGAUGACCUUCAGCGAGCCGGAGAAGGUCUACUGCAGCGGGGAGAAGGUGGCCGGGCGUGUGGUGGUGGAGGUGGCCGAGGUGACUCGCGUCAGCUCCGUCAAGGUGCUGGCCUGCGGGGUGGCCAAAGUCAACUGGGCCAAGGGCCCCCAGCAGUGCAGGCAGGAGGUGGAGUACCUGCGCUUCGAGGACGUCCUCACGCUGGAGGAGCAGCCCACCGAUGGGGACGGCUCUGUAAUCCUGAGACCUGGCAACACCUACGAGUACAAAUUUGGAUUCGAGCUUCCCCAGGGGCCUCUGGGAACUACCUUCAAGGGGAAGUACGGCUGUGUGGAUUACUGGGUGAAGGCCUUCCUGGAGCGCCCCUCCGUCCCCACGCAGGAGAUCAAGAAAUGCUUCGAGGUGAUGGAUCCAGUUGACGUGAACACGCCGGAAUUGCUGUCGCCGGUGGCUGCCAAGAAGGAGAAGAAGGUGUCCUGUAUGUUCAUCCCAGAUGGCCGCGUGUCGGUCAGCGCCCAGAUCGACAGGAAGGGCUUCUGUGAAGGUGACGAGAUCUGCAUCAACGCCGACUUCGAGAACACGUGCUCCCGCAUCGUGGUGCCCAAGGCGGCCAUCGUCGCCAAGCACACCUACCUGGCCAACGGCGAGACCAAGGUCUUCACCCAGAAACUCUCCUGCGUCCGAGGCAACCACAUCAUCUCGGGCACCUCCGAGUCGUGGCGCGGCAAAACCAUCCGCGUCAAGAAGCUCAAGCCCUCCAUCCUGGGCUGCAACAUCCUGCGCGUGGAGUAUUUCCUGCAGAUCUACGUCAGCGUCCCCGGCUCCAAGAAGAUCAUCCUGGAGCUGCCCCUCGUCAUCGGCAGCCGCUCGGGCAUCGGUAGCCGCAGCUCCAGCAUGGCCAGUCAGACCAGUUCCGAGAUGAGCUGGGUGGAUUUGAACCUCCCCGAUGCUCCAGAAGCCCCGCCGUGCUACCUGGACAUCGUUCCCGAGGACCACCGCCUGGAGAGCCCCACCACGCCCCUCCUGGACGACUCCGACAGCUUCGACAGCCCCAUCUUCAUGUACGCGCCCGAGUUCAAGUUCAUGCCGCCGCCCACCUACGCCGAGGUGGAUCCCUGCGUCGCCAACAACAACGUGUAGCGAGCGCCCGCUCGGAAACGUUAUUCUCCCGCUCCUUUUUCCCCCGCGCUGUGUGGAUGUGCCGAGCGGCGGCGGCGACGCGGGCCUCGCUCCCGACCCCGGCUGCGGGAGGAGCGAGCGUGGAAGAGGCCGAGGGAGCCUCAGUUCUUAACGUGUGCGUGCCCUCGCGCGCCGGCUGAGCCCAGGAAAACCCCGGCGUGGCUCCGGGCGCCGCAAACUCGCCCCAACCGUGGCGGUGCAGCAGGGGAGGCCUCGGGCGCGGAGCCUUGGCAGAGGAGAGGCGCGUCCCGGCCUAAAGAGACUUUAAAAACCAAGCGGGCGUUGGGUGAAACCCGGCCGCCGAGAGACGGGGGGCACCGGGCCGCGGGCCGGAGGGGCGCGCGGUGGCUGGCCGGCCUCGCCGCUCGGCGGCCGGUCCCUUUUGUACUGUUUUAUAAGUGGGUCUGGGGGUGAGGGAGGGGAAGGGGAAAUAAAACACCAAUAAAACCUGGUUUUGUACUGUUGGAAUAA